AUGGAUUUUAGGAGAUUAUCGCAUCAGGCUAGAAACAAAAAAUUUGGAGUCAAUAGUGAAAAUAAGCUCUUAUUUAAUAUCAAAUGCAAAACAAGAAUUACACUAUUAUAGGUUGGAAUUGAUAGAAGAAGAAAUACAAACUGUUUUUCAAGAUAUUGCUUUAUUUUCUGAAGAUAAUGAGGAAGAAAAUUUUAAUAAUUUGGAUAAGUCUGAGGAUUUUAUUGACUCUGAAGUUGAAGAUCAAAACUUGGAAAUAAAAAAUUUAAUUACAUUAAAUAUUAUUGAAUCAAAUAAUGAUGAUGAAAAUAUUAAUGAUAAUGAUGAUAAUAAUUUAAAUAAAGAUUUGAAUAAUGAUAAAAUUGAAGAAUUUGAUGAAGAUAAAUUUGGAGCUAA